CUCUCGAAGUAGUUCUUCCAGUAUGAUCUGUGCAAACAGAAAGCAACAAUCGAAAUGGGGAAUCCAUUAUUGACCAUAGAGCAAAAAUAUCCAUCCAUGGCCGAACUCGUCGCUGUCAUGUCUUUUAUUUAAUUUUUCUAAAAUGAAGCACCGUCAAUGAUUUUGAGUGAGUCUAUAGUGUGGAAGUGAUCGUGAGGCGGCACGGGCUCGCAAUAGUUCACCAUGUUCAGCGGCACGGUGAUCGUGAAGGUCUGCGAGGCCACGGGACUCCGGCCGACCGACUUCCAGAAACGGCACAACAUGACCUUCGGGAAGCCAGACGACCAGCCUAUCGACCCGUACGUGUCGAUCGACGCUGACGAGCAUCAACUGGACCGCUCCAGCACCAAGCCCAAGACCUUCGACCCCAUCUGGAAUGAGACCUUCAUCCACGAAGUCCACAAUGUUACCAGUCUGGGUAUCACCGUGUUUCACGAUGCAGCCAUACCUCCUGACGAUUUUGUGGCAAAUUGCACGAUUCCUUUUGAUGACCUGAUGCAUCGUGACAAGGACGCCUCUGAUUUUUGGGUGGAUCUGGAACCUCAGGGCAAACUGCACCUGAAAGUUGAUCUAAAGUGGAACCCUCAAGCGGGCGCGGAGGCGGUGCGCGCGGGCGCAGGCGCGAGCCGCGGCCGCGAGUUCAAGGAGGGCGCGGGUUUCGCCAGGCGCCGCGGGGCCAUGCGCCGGCGAGUGCACCAGGUCAACGGACACAAGUUCAUGGCCACCUUCCUGAGGCAGCCCACUUUCUGCUCUCACUGCCGCGAGUUCAUCUGGGGUCUAGGAAAACAAGGUUACCAAUGUCAAGUGUGCACGUGCGUCGUCCACAAGCGCUGCCACUCGUCCGUCGUGACCAAGUGCCCCGGCAUGAAGGAGGAGCAACAGGGCGGCGUGGGCGUGAGCGGCGGCCAGCGCUUCAACGUGAACGUGCCGCACCGGUUCGUGGUGCACUCCUACAAGCGGUUCACCUUCUGCGACCACUGCGGCUCGUUGCUGUACGGCCUCAUCAAGCAGGGCCUGCAGUGCGGAGCGUGCUCCAUAAACGUCCACAAGCGGUGCCAGAAGAACGUGGCGAACAACUGCGGCAUCAACACCAAGAUAAUGGGCGACAUCCUCAGCGAAAUGGGUAUCUCGCCCGACAAGACGCCCGGCCGCCAGAAGACCCCGAGGCAGUACAACCCCGUGGUGGAGACGGCGGAGGCGUCCGGUGACGACAAGGACCCCGAAAAGCGCGACGACAAGGGUGCGCCGGACCGGCAGUGGGGCUCCCAGUGGACCGACCUGCAGGAGAUGUUGAUAUUCUGCCAAGGUUCCUAUUUCACACAAUACACGCUUCAGGUGGGGGCUCGCUUUGUCGCUUCGUGUGGCACUUCGUUUUAUGUAACCGUUCUGUUUGUCCCCUGCGGCGUAGGCUUAGAGUCGCGGCGCGAGAGCGUGGCCGUGGCGGACACCGGCUGGGGCGACCACUGGAACGACCUGCAGGACGUUUUCGCGCACUACGAAGGCGGAGACGGCGGCGGCGCGGGCUGCGGCGGCGCACCGGGCAAGAUGUCGCUGGACGACUUCCACUUCAUCAAGGUGCUGGGCAAGGGCUCCUUCGGGAAGGUGAUGCUGGCCGAGAAGAAGGGCACGGACGAGGUGUACGCCGUGAAGGUGCUGAAGAAGGACGCCAUCAUCCAGGACGACGACGUGGAGUGCACGCUGACGGAGCGGCGCGUGCUGGCGCUGGCCGCCCGCCACCCCUUCCUCACGGCGCUGCACUCGGCCUUCCAGACGCGCGACCGCCUGUUCUUCGUCAUGGAGUACGUGGACGGCGGCGACCUCAUGUUCCAGAUCCAGCGCGCGCGCAAGUUCGACGAGCCGCGCGCCAGGUUCUACGCGGCCGAGGUGACCCUGGCGCUGCAGUUCCUGCACUCGCACGGCGUCAUCUACCGCGACCUCAAGCUGGACAACAUCCUGCUCGACUGCGAGGGGCACUGCAAGCUCGCGGACUUCGGCAUGUGCAAGGAGGGCAUUCUCGAUGGCGCUACGACCACCACGUUCUGCGGGACGCCGGACUACAUCGCGCCCGAGAUCUUGCAGGAGCUGGAGUACGGCCCGUCCGUGGACUGGUGGGCGCUGGGCGUGCUGCUGUACGAGAUGCUGGCGGGGCAGCCGCCCUUCGAGGCCGACAACGAGGACGACCUGUUCGAGUCCAUCCUGCACGACGACGUGCUGUACCCCGUGUGGCUGUCCAAGGACGCCGUGUCCAUCCUCAAGGGCUUCAUGACCAAGAACCCCGCGCGGCGCCGCCGCCCGCCGCCGCUCGCCGCCGCUCCAAGGAGGAGCGGCCCCGAUCUUCUAGUCCUUCGUUGUGUAACGUUUUAUUUAGUGCGUAAUGUUCGCCAAUACUCACGCGCGGUCCCUUCGUACGUUUUGUUUUCGCACGCGCGGUUUGUUACGUUGUGUUUUACGAAUUUACGUUGUUCUAACGGUUCUGUCGGUCGCUCUCCGCGUGCCCCGAACGCGGUCGGGCACCGAAAGUGCGGGGUCGCGGCCGAGGCCGACUCGCGGCUCGCGAGCAGUAUUCUUUUGUAAGUAUUAUUAUUUGUGUAGGAGCAACCGUCGCAUCAAACCAAAGUGUAACUUUAUUUUAGUCGUAGUCGCCCGAACGUCGGCCGCGCGCCGCGCGCUGCUCGCACCGAAGCACAAACGUAAUGCUUUAUGUAGUCGUUAGAGUACGGUAAUACUAUAAAUAUAAAUGAUAAAUCUCUGUACGUGUUCCCGGGACGCCGACGUGUCGCGCGGCGUAUCUCGCGCCGGACGCGCACGUGUCGUCCGGCCGUCGUCCGUCGGCGAGUUAUUUUU